AUGGCGACAUGUAGUUUGGUUGCUGAAUCGGUGUGGAAAGACAUCGAGUCGACUCGUUCAGUGACCGAUGAUCAGCUCUCAAUGUCAGAAUAUAUGAUCUUGCAUUUUUUGUUUGGUAAAAACUUGGAAAGGGCGACGAGAAUAGUGGAUCAAAGAGGUGUUAAGAGGAUACUUGGUGAGCCCAGUGGGCGGACUAUCUUUCAGGUGGUGGGAGAAUCUAGGAGGAAGGAGGAAUAUUUUUGCUUUCCUGAACACUACUGUGCUUGUUAUUCCUUCUUCUAUGACAUAGUAAACAGAGGAGAACAGCUUUGUUGUAAGCAUCAAGUUGCUGCAAGACUUGCUGUGUCGGUUGGAGUAUGUGUUGAUGUUAAGGAGAUCAAGGACAAUUGCACCCGAGGCUCAACUCUGAAUUGGGCAUCGAUAAUAAGCUUAGAGGCAUCUCAUAAGCAGGACUUCUAUAAGGUGGUGGGAGAAUCUAGGAGGAAGGAGGAAUAUUUUUGCUUUCCUGAACACUACUGUGCUUGUUAUUCCUUCUUCUAUGACAUAGUAAACAGAGGAGAACAGCUUUGUGUGAGCUCUGCUUUUCUGCUUAUGCAUUUGCUUGAUAUUAGUAUGAUUUCAUUAAGGGUCCUUAAUUGUCCUUUGCUUCCUCCAUAUUACUGCAUUCUCGUCCAGUGUAAGCAUCAAGUUGCUGCAAGACUUGCUGUGUCGGUUGGAGUAUGUGUUGAUGUUAAGGUGUCUGAUGAGGAGCUAGCAUUACUGCUUUCUAAACUCUAG